AUGGCUACCAAUAAGUUCUCCGAAGUAGAGCGUGAGAAGUAUCCUUAUAUCUUCAUGAAAAAUGUUGAUAUUCCACUCGUCACUCACGAGAAGGGCGUGCUGCGAUGCAAUGUGUAUCUCCCAAAGGAUGCAGCUCCUUUUGGUACAAAGAAGUAUCCUGUGAUUGCAACUUACGGUCCUUAUGGUAAGGAUGUCCCAUACGAAAGUUUCUUCAAGAAUAGCUGGGAUCAGGUCAAUCCUGAGAUGAAAUCACCUCAUUCUUCAUGGGAAACCCCAGAUCCUGGAUUCUGGACCAGCAAAGGCUAUAUUGUCGUGAGGACGGAUGAGAGAGGCGCAGGGCAAAGUCCUGGUGAGCUCGACACCAUGUCUCGGGGAACAAGCGAAGCUUUCUUUGAUGUCAUCGAAUGGGCCUCCGACCAGGAAUGGUCAACUGGCAAGGUUGGGCUGUUGGGUAUUAGCUACUAUGCUGGCACGCAGUGGCGCGUUGCUGCCCGGAAGCCUAAGGGCCUCGCUGCUAUUAUUCCGUGGGAAGGAAUGAGUGACUACUACCGGGACCGCGUUCGUCACGGUGGUAUUCUCUCAGACCGUUUCAUCUCAUUUUGGUGGGAAAAUGGCGUUCAGCCAAACCAAUACGGUAUGCCAGGCCGCAAGGCACGCCAGUGGGGAGACGACACUCUGGAAGGGGAUUUGGACGAAGCCACACUGGUCAAGAACCGCCGAGACCAAACGCAGGACACCGCCGUUCACAAGUUCAUGGAUGAGGAAUACUACAAGACUCGUAAUUUCGCUCUUGAGAGCAUUGAGGUUCCCCUCCUCAGUGUUGCCAACUGGGGUGGAAUAUUGUUGCACCUGCGUGGAAAUGUUGUCGGUUGGACGCGUGCAUCAUCAACCUACAAGUUCCUCCGUUUUGUCGUCGGCCGUCACGACCUUCCUUUCUACUACCCCCAUUCAGCAAAACUUCAAUUGUCCUUCCUGGACUCCUUCCUAAAGGGCAGUGACUAUGACGGCUGGAAGACUGGCCAGCAGCCCCGAGUCGAAGUUUGUCUGCGCGAGGGCGACUGUGGAGUGGAUGAUCCAGAGCGUGAACUCAAAUUCCCAUGCCGCGGGGAGGUUGACUGGCCCAUUCCGGACACUCAGUACACGAAGUUCUUUUUGACGCCGGGUCGCACUCUUUCUAAAAAACCAAGCCCAACAAUCAGCACUUUCACAUAUGAGGCGCUCCAUGGUGACCCGAUUUCCUUCCAAUACAAGACGGCAUCCCGUCUCGAGAUCACAGGCCACAUAGUGGCAACACUGACGGUGUCCGCUUCCCGUUCUAAUGAAAUUGCCCCAGCCCCGUCCGACAUUGAUCUUUUUAUCACGCUUCGGAAACUAAACGCCGAUGGAAAAGAAGUCUUCUAUACCGGUACCAUGGGAGAUCCGGUGCCAAUUGUGAAGGGAUGGCUUCGUGUAUCCCUUCGCAAGGUCAACUCGGAACACCGAUUCCACCGCGAAUAUCUCCCCUACCGCGACUAUUUCGGCAAAGACGCCCAGCCAGUGGAGGAGCAUGAAAAAUACAAGGUUGAUGUUGAAGUAUGGCCUACCAAUGUCGUCUUGGAGCAAAAUGAAACUCUCGUGCUCGAGAUCGCUGGUCGUGAUACCCAAGGAGUCGGAAAGUUCUCUCAUGAGCAUCCCUCGGACAGAGAUCCCAAGGUCUUUGGGGGCCUGAAUAGCCUGGAGGUGGGCAAUGAGCAAAGUUGGCUCACGCUCCCUAUCAUUCCAUCCCGGUAA